GACUGCGUAUGAGUCAAGAGCAGGAGGCGGAUUGUCUGUGAUGGGCGCGGAGGACGCACGCAGGGGGACGACAAGGCGGCCGGUGAGUGGAUGGCGAACAGCAGGCAGACGAAGAGACGAGGCCGGGCUCUGUGAGUGGCUGGCCAGCCCAGUUGCGUGUCCAGUAAGAACGGCGGCGUGGCGGACGAUGCGCGGUGAGAGCAGGUGAGGCGAGGCGAGGCCAGGACGAGGGGCAAGGCCGGAGGGAUGGACGGACGGCGGUUCUUUGCUGUGUAAAAGAGCCGCUUCGAGGGGCGAGGCAAAAUGUGGGCGACGAGGCACAAAUAAAAGGCUGCGGCUCCCCACGAUGGAGAAGGGGGAAAUAAGAAGAUGGAAAGAGAAGAAGGGAAAAAAGGAGGCAAAGCUCGCGGCAAGGGGAGGUAGAAGAAGGUGGAGCGGCCUGAGAGACACGGAGGAGGUUGGCGAGAGCGACGAAAAGAGUCGAAGCCGGGUUGAUCUGGAGAUGAACGACGACGAGACAAGAUAUCCGGAGUGCUGGACAGGACCUGGACAGGACAUGUACAGGCAGAGCCUUGUGCCACCCCAUCGUGGGCACCCGUCGUUCCCAGCAGGAGGAGCAGCGUACCCAGCCGUACUCGGUACAAGAACCCAGGCUCCCGGUCUGGUGCAAAAGGCCUACCUGGUGCUCGCCUGUCGGCACUACAUGCACUUCUCGAUCCCAAGCAUCCAGAAGCAGCCUCCAGGGCCUGGGCCUGACAGCCACCAGACAUGCUGCAGUAGCAGCAUCAACCACGCUCCGGACUGCGGGUUGGGCGCCGCUGGACCCCUCCUUUUGCUUCUGGCUACAGCAUUCGCCCGCUGGCCGGAAAUCCAGGGUGCGCCGGCUGCCCUCCAGUGGACCUCGGGCUGCCAAUCGUCGCUGCAAUGGGCGGCCACAGCGCUGGAUGGCACCCUCCCGCUGCUCCAAACGGGCAAUGGGCGGUGGCAUGACGCGCCAACAGCAGGGCCGCAGCCACUGUCACAGCGGGGCCUGCACCUGUGA